AUGAUCAUGGCAAGUAUUACUCAGGUCCUUGAGCAGCAGUUGGUUGAAGUAAUAUUAGAGACAAUUACACUAACAAUGGCUACAGGGCUUUCCCUUUCUUCGUACGACAAAGGUCAGGGGUCUAAGUUUAUUCGGAAAGCUAAGGAGACACCGUUUGUCCCCAUUGUAAUGGCAGGCUUUGCAGCAAUUGUUGGGUACGGGCUGUACAAACUGAAGAACCGGGGAAAUACAAAGAUGUCCAUCCACUUGAUCCACAUGCGUGUGGCCGCCCAGGGCUUUGUUGUUGGAGCCAUGACUCUCGGCAUGGGCUAUUCCAUGUAUAAGGAAUUCUGGGCCAAGCCUAAGCCGUAGAAGACGAGCCGCCGCCUUGGACUGGGAAGUGCUUGCUUUACUUAGACGUCUCAUAUUGAGGUUACAUGUUUGUCACAAUAAAUAACGUGGGUUUAGA